UGAAAAAAAUAUGUUUUAAUUGACAUGGCGUUGAUGUGUCAAAAACGUAGACUGACAAUUUAGCUUAGAUGUAAUUUUGUUAAGUCUGACCUUAAUUUUAACGAAAGAUAGCUAUAAUUUUGUAGCUUUAUGAAAAAUUUGGAUGAUAUUUCAUAUUUUUAAAAAUUUAGCUAAUAUUUUAAAAUCAUAAAAAAAAUUGGCUAAAAAAUAGUCUCCUUCAAUUUGAUUGUAUUUUUCGUGUGAGAGCGUUGACCGUCAAGCCCUAGCCUUCUCUCUCUUCAUCUCCGCCACCCACCACCUGUCAGCUCCUCAUUCGACCUCCUUCCCUCAAGCCUCCCUCCCUCCCUCUCUCUCCACUCGCCUUUCAAGUUUCAACCCCUUUCCCCCGCCCUCAUUCUUCUCCCCUAAUUUCUCUAUCUUUCUUCUCCGGCGUCAUAGUUCCGCAUCGAUCUUCCUCCCUUCCGCCCGCCCGCUCGCAGUUUCUUAUUGGUAAGCCCUAGUUUCUUAACCCAUCACUAAAUCCAUUUUUGAUGAUUGAUAAUAGGUCAUUUCUAUCGAUCUAUGCUAUUCCAAUCUUGAUUCGCGACUUCCCUUCUCAAGAUCUGCCGAGUGUUUUUAGGCUGCUUGAUUACGGCUUGUAGGGUUCUUCGUUUGAAUCUUUCUUAUGGCUUUGUCGAUUUCUUUGUUCCGGGAUCUAACUGCUGUUGAGUUGGUUUCGUGGUGGGAUUUUUACUCUGGUGAAAACGGUUUUGUGGAAAUUUCUGGCUAGGCGUUGACUUGCACUUUUCCUGUUGUUGAUUCUGAUCUGCUAGUUUGGCUUUUGGGAGAAGAUAUCAAUACAAGGAAAUCCUAAUAUUGUACCAGAUUGGGGUUUUGUUCCUGAAUUUACAUCUCCCGAGAUGCUGUACUUGCUUCCCUGGUCGGCUGUGUGCCUUUAUCUGCAACUGUAUGGAAUCAAUUUAAUGGAAGACAGUACUGGUGGGGUUUUCAUAUGUUUUGAAAGAACAAAGACACAUUGAUUGGAACCUGUGUUAUUUAUUUAUAAAUUAUAAAUAAACAUUAGUUAGCAUAGUUUGGAUCAUUCCGGAGGAAGAUAAGAGGUGAAAUGAUAUCCUCCUUGUGCCUUGGUUUUGCUUUGUCGCUUCAGAUUUUCUGUUGGUUUUCAAGGUAAAACAGAAAUGAUAUGGCGUGCCCAUAUGUUUUGGCACAUUUCUGUUUGUAAGUGAUGGUAGUCUGGCUUCAAUGAUUAUUUAAAUGAGAAUGAAAGUUGGUUUCUAUUGUAACUGUUUGUUUCCAUCUUAAUGAUGCUCGUUAAUAAACCAAUUCCAUGGGUUUUACUCUUUAGAUUGAGAAAAGAUGUCUGCUGAAGCAUCCCGCGAGGAGAAUGUGUACAUGGCCAAGUUGGCUGAGCAGGCUGAACGUUAUGAGGAAAUGGUGGAGUUCAUGGAGAAAGUUGCAAAGACAGUUGAUGUUGAGGAGCUGACUGUGGAGGAAAGGAACCUACUUUCCGUGGCUUAUAAGAAUGUGAUUGGAGCAAGAAGAGCUUCGUGGAGGAUCAUCUCUUCCAUUGAGCAGAAAGAGGAGAGCAGGGGAAAUGAGGAUCAUGUUUCUAUUAUCAAAGAGUACAGGUCUAAGAUUGAAACCGAACUGAGCAAGAUCUGUGAUGGCAUCCUGAACCUUCUUGAGACACAUCUCGUUCCUUCUGCCUCGGCUGCUGAGUCUAAGGUGUUUUACCUCAAAAUGAAGGGUGAUUACCAUAGGUAUCUUGCUGAGUUUAAGACUGGUGCAGAGAGGAAGGAAGCUGCUGAGAGCACCUUGAUGGCUUACAAGUCUGCACAGGAUAUUGCACUAGCUGAUUUGGCUCCUACCCACCCGAUCCGUCUGGGGCUGGCACUCAACUUCUCUGUUUUCUAUUAUGAGAUCCUGAACUCACCUGAUCGUGCCUGCAGUCUUGCGAAACAGGCUUUUGAUGAGGCCAUCUCCGAGCUGGACACAUUAGGUGAAGAGUCGUACAAGGACAGCACUUUGAUCAUGCAACUACUCCGUGACAACUUAACACUAUGGACUUCUGAUAUCACGGACGAUGCUGGGGACGAGAUCAAGGAAGCAUCAACAAAGCAUGAAUCAGGAGAGGGUCAGCAAUAGUGUGUUCAUUUCUAGGAUGAUACGUCUACUCUCUUCUCUGUGCUAUUAUCGUUUGAUGUCGUACCAUGGAUUCCAUGAUAUGGGGUAUUGUAGUCUCUGAUUUGAUAUGAACUCCAUCUAUGCUUUCCUCUAGUGUGACCAGCCGACACUGACGGUUUGUAUUCUCAACAUCUUAUCGAAAGCUUCUGGUAAUCGGGUUGAGAUAGUGUGGAUGGUGUUGGCUUUUUUUAAUCGCAUGAACGGUUCUUUCUAUACCCUUUCACUCUUAGCAAGGUGCGGUUCGAUCCACUUUGACCCUUAACCUGGUGAGAAAAACGGGCCGUACGCACUUGUUGGGUCGAUUGCUACAAGGUAUCGGGUUGGCGGUCAAAUUGUGUCAUUUUUUUUCUUUGUUUUACGAAAUGCGCCUAUUUUUCGAUUUUUCUUUUCGCUUAACUCAAUUUUUGGAAUGCUAAGUUGAACAUUUCAAUAUUGAUAUAAUAUAAGUGUUGUGUGAAUUUUCACUAUCAUACCGUUUGGUAUAAAUGAAUUUCAUAAGUUUUGAGGAAUUCAUUUUGAAAUGAAAUCUUUUUGUGUUUGGUAUUUAAUAGAAUUUAUUUUUAAUUCUAAAUUUUGAAUUUUAUGGAAUUGCAACUAGUUGUAGCAAUUCGGAGAAAUUUGGAGAAAUUGAGAUGGAAUUUGCAAAUGAAUUCCACGAGUAUUUACUAAUUAUAAUAGAAUGACAUAAUUAUCUUCAUUUAUUAACGAAAUUACUUCUACAUAUAUUAUUUCGCGCUAAUUGAUGCAGUAUGGGAAACGUCACCAAGAACUUGAUUGCAACGCUAAUAGCAUAUGCUGGUUAUUUUGUAUUUCUAGUUUGAUUGUAUUAGUACGUUGAGAAAGUACAACUAGAUUGUAGGGUUCAUGGACAAAAUAUUAGAAAAGAAUUAAUGAAUAAAAUAGAAACACAAGAACAGUUUUGAUAUUCUACGUAUGAGACCAAAGACAUUUUUUAAAGAUGAAUUUUCAAUGAAUAUUGUAUCUUCCGGUAAUUAAUAAGGGUGUAGUUGGAGAAAGUUUUAAUUUAAUUCAAUUCUAAACAUAUACCAAACAUGGUUUGGGAAUUCAAUUCAUUUAUUUCUAUUGAUUUGGGAAUUCUAGAUAGUAAUUCAUUUUAAAAUGAAAUGAUAUAAUUUAUCAGGAUAAGUACAAUACAAUGACUCUUUCUAUACUAGUAAUCGUGCCCGGCCCGUUGGCCGGCGGAGGUUUCUAUUUCUUCUUGAAGGAAAGAUUGAAUUUGUGAAAUAUCAACAGAAUAUGUGAAACAAAAUUUUAACUAAGUUUUGUCAUAUAUUCUUUUUAACUUCAACAAUACCAAAUUUAUCAUGACAGAAGUAAAGUGUGUAUAUAAAAUUAAAGAAGUUGACAAUUGCGAACGAAUUGGAUAAACCAACUUCAAGUUAUAAAGUUACACAUUGAAACUCCAAUUGAUCACCUUGCAGAAUGGUAAGCAUUAAGCAAAACGCAAAUCAGAAACAAUUCCCAUACAUGAAAAUUGACCUACUAAAUAUUGACAGUAUAUAUAAGUUUGCUUGGAUUGGUCUAAACUAUUUUAGGGCAACAAAUAGAUGAGUUUCGUUCUUUAUUGAAAUAAUAUCGUUUGUUUGUAGACUUUCAAUCUCUAUCCAUAAAAGGCUUUCACAACAACCAGUUGACAUCUUUUCGUUAUUAGUCUCUGUGAAUAUACAUUUGAAUAGUUU